GAAAAUUAAUUUGCGUUAAGGAAAAUAUCAAGAGUCCUAUUGAAAAAUUUUAGUUGACGUGAGAUUUUCAUACAAAACGGUUGCAAAAAACGGUUAAGAACAAGGAAAAAGAAAAAAUCAAAAUCAUUGUAUAGUUUGGUGACUAUUAUAAAAAAAAGAAAAAGAAAAAAAAAUUCUAUUUAAAUAAAAUUUUAUUAAAAUUUAAAUAAAAAACAAAUUUUUGAAAAAUUAAUUAAAAAAAUUCGAAAUGAUAUCACCGGAUCGAGUUCUUGAAUUAGUAAAAUUACAUUUAGCAUCGGCUAUUGAUCCACGUAAAAAGAAACCACCACCAGAGGAACCAUCAUGGACAAUUGGUGUUUCAAAAAUCGAUGGUCGCGGUGUUAUUGCAACCCGUGAUAUAAAAGCUGGUGAAAUUAUAUUUCGUGAAAUGCCAUUACUUAUUGGAUUAACUGGACGUAAAGAAUCCGUUUUAAAUACAUGCAGUCUAUGUUAUAAACUUUUAGAUGAAAAGAAAAUGAUGUGCCCAAAAGGUUGUUCUUUACCAAUAUGUGAACAAUGUAGCCGUAAACAACAGCAUAAUAAAGAAUGUGAAAUUUAUAGAAAAUAUGGACCAUUGGAGCCAACAAAAAUUGAUCCAGCUAGUUUACGUUCUUUAACAGUUAUACGUGGUCUUUUUUUGAAAAAAGAACAAAAGCAUAUGAUUUAUGCAAUGCAAGCAAAUACAGAUUCAACAUAUCGUAAUGAAAUUAAUAAUGCAGCAAAAUGUUUUAAAAAUUUUCCAACAGAUAGUCAAACUGUUGAAUAUUUUCAUCGUAUUGUAUCAGUUUUAAAUACAAAUGCAUUUGAAGUUUUAAGUCGUAAUAAUGGACAUGAAAUUGCAUUACGUGGAUUAUAUCCAUUAGCUGGUAUUAUGAAUCAUGAGUGUACACCAAAUACAGCACAUUUAUAUGAAGAUGGAACAAAUGAAAUGGUUGUUAAAGCAACACGUGCAAUACCAAGAGGUGAAGAGAUUACAACAACAUAUACGAAAUUAUUAUGGUCAACAAAAUCAAGACAAUUAUAUUUAAGAUUGACGAAACAAUUCACUUGUAAUUGUCCCAGAUGUAAAGAUCCAACGGAGCGUGGAACAUAUUUGGGUGCAUUUUAUUGUCGUACUCAACAAUGUGGCGGUUUAAUUAUACAAGAGGAUCCAACAGCACAAUCAUCAAUAUGGAAAUGUGAAAAAUGUAAUACACGUUAUGAUUCUCGUCAAAUGACAAAAAUAGCUGAUUUUGCAUUGGGUACAAUUAAUGGGAAAGCAAAUAAUGGUACACUUAAAGAUAUGAUACAAUUUAUAAAUGAAAUGUUACCAAAAAUUGUACCACCAUGGAAUUAUUUAGCACAGGAAGCUAAAUUACAAGUUAUUUGGAAAAUGGGUAAAACUAAAGAAGAUUUUGGUUAUACAGAUUAUCAAGAUAAAGAGAAAUGGUGUAAUGAAGCAUGUGAAAUAUUGGAUAAAUUAGAAGCAGGAGAUUGUACAUUAAGACAUCAUCUUCUCGAAGAAGCAAGAAGAUUUUAAAUUAAUUGAAGAUAUAUGAAGAAAAGAAGUGUAAAGAUAAUUUUCUCAUUUAUAUAUAAUAAAAAUAUAUAAAUAUAUGUUGGUCUCUUUUUGUUCAGUAUAUAAAGAAAAUUAGAAUCUAAAAUUCUUUUUUUUUUUCGAAAAUUAAAAAAAUUUGUUUUCCCUUCGGAAAAAACUCAAUAUCAAAAAAAAAAAUUAAUUUUUUUUCUAUGUAUUAUUUAAAUUAAUUGUAAUUUAUUGUGAAAAUAUAAUGUUAAAAUGCGCAUAUAUUACAAACAUAACAUAUAUAAUAUAAAUGUACAUACACAUACACUUUAUUGAAAACUAUUUAUUAUUUAUAAUCAAUAUUAUAAAAUUAAUAUCAUAAAAUGUUUCUCUUAAAAUUUCUCUAUAUAUUUUUGUAUAAUAUUAAGGACAUAUUAAAAAUUCAUUAAUGAAAAUAUCCUUUUCUAUUAUAUUUUAAAUUAUUCUCCAUAAUAUCAUGUUAUUUGUUUUUGUUAUAUAAGUAUAAUAUCUUUUUAUUCAAAUAUUAUGUGUGUUUUCUUGUAUAUACUAAUAAUUUGAAACUAUAUUGAAUCUAUAUAUAGUUGUAAUAUAAAAUUUUUUAACACGACAAUUUAAUUAAAAGGAUUAGUAAAACCAAAAAAAAAAAAAAACGAAGUUUGUAUUAAAAAAAAUUUUUUGUUGUAAUUUCAUUUGUAAAAUUUUAAUUUAAAACUUAAUUAAAAAUAUACAUACAUACAGUAUACAUAUAUAUAUAUAUAGCAACAAAAAGUAGAAUUAAUUCUGUAGUUUUGUUUUUUUUUUUAACAAGAGCGUCUCAUCAGUGAAAUUUGUUUUCAAUUCGUAUUUGUUCAUUAAUUUUUAAAUUUCAUUUAGAUCAUAAAAUACAAGGGGGUUUUUGGGCAAAAUCACUUAUCAGUUUGUUAUAUAAGCCAUUGAUAGGUGGAUUAUCCUUUAUAUAUAUAUACAUAAAUUAUAAGAAUUAUAAGGAUUUAAUAUAAUUUUGCUUAAUUGGUCAUCCACAUACAAUAAUUAUGUAGCAUACAUGAACAAAGUUUGUUUAGUAACAUUUUCACUAAAAAAUUUCAUUUUCUUUGACAAAAUUUUUUAUUGCAAGUCUGCUUGCAGAAAAUAUACUUGUAACAUAAUUCAUAAAUGUCCAUAUUAUUAAAUAAUGAACAUUUAUUGGAGAGGAAUUUAGAACAAUAUGAAAAUAUUUCUGCUACAAUGCAAAAAUAACCUGAAACUCCUGAGUAUUUGUAAAUUUCAUAAAGUUUUUUUAAUUACAUACGUAUAAGCGCGUUAAACACAGUUCAUUGUGAAUUAUCCUUGAAUUUGUGAAUAUAUAAUGAAAAAUUUAAUAUUUUUUAAUAAUAUUAUAAUUUAGAUUUG